AUGCGCGCUGUGCCCAGGUCUAUGCUCGCCAGCGUCCUCUUCGCUGCUGUCCGGCCGCCACGCGCCCUCUUCUCCGCGUCGCUCCUGCGGCCACGCGCUUUCGCCGCGCCGCUCGCGUGCGCCACGGCACAGGCGGAAGCGCUCCUCGGCCCGCGGCUCCGGAAAUGGCUGGGUAGCUCGCUCGAGGCCGAGCGGCGCAAGCAGAUCGCGCUCGCCAAGGAGGCGGAGGCGGCGCGCAGCGCUGAGCGGCUCGCCGAGUGGGCCACUCUCGUCGUUGCCAACUUGUGGCAGAUCGACGACCGCGCGACGUCCGCUGUCGUCGAGGACUGGAACAAUGGCGGCGCAAAGGUGAAGCUCAGCUUUGCUGGCGGCCAGGGCACGCCGCGGGAGCAGGCGGACGCGGCGUUUGCCAAGGCGCGCCGCUUGCGCCGCGGCUCGGCCGUUGUCGCCGAGCUGAUUCGGCAGAGCGAGGCCGUGGAGGCGCGGCUGCAGGGCUGGCAGGCGCGGCUGGCCGACGGCGGCGGCGGCGCAGAGGACGAGGAGCUCUUCGCGCUUCGUGCCGAGGUGCUCAAGGAGGCGAAGAAGCUCAAGCUCAAGCCGGCGCCGCUCGCUCCGUCCCAGACGUCGGGCUGGGGCGGCCGCGAGUUUGUCUCGCCGGCGGGUGUGCCAAUCCUGGUGGGGCGCAACCGCAAGGAGAAUGAGCAGCUCUCGCUUCGCGUGGCGCGCGAGCCGGACGUGUGGAUGCACGUGCGAGGCGUCCCGGGGGCGCACGUGCUGCUGCAGAUGUCGCGCGUGAAGGGCAAGGCGCCGCCGGCGGAGGCGUGCCUCCAGAUGGCGGCGGACCUGGCCGCCUUCUACUCCGAGGCGCGGGACGAGAGGAAGGCGCUCGUGACGUACGCGAGCCCGCGCCACGUCACCAAGCCCAACGGCGCGCCGCUCGGGGCGGUCAAGCUGCGCGAGGAGGGAGGGACGAUCGUCGGGCGGCCAGUCGACUCGGAGCUGAUCCCGCCCGAGGUGCUGGGCGCCAGGGAGGCAGAGAGGUUCGGCGGAAAGGGCUAA